AAGAAUUCACGAGCCUAACGAAUGUUUUGGGGAAAGGUGCAAAUCUUGAAGAGAAUCAUAAGGAUCAUCAUCUGGUUUUACUAGUUUCCUCCCGCACAUGUUCACACAAGCUGAAUCUGCAAAGACUUCGUUGGGAAAUAUGGAGCAAAACUAUCAUGUCCGCUCGAAUAUAAAUGGGCUCUCUUCAGAUUCAUCAUAAGUGAGAUUCAAAAAGUCCUUCAAACUUUAAAGGGACAGCCAAUCAACUACCUCUGUCGAGAACCCAGAGCUUCACUGCGAAAGAAAUCUUCACAGAUUUCUAUAGAAUUGAGCAAUCUACAGACUUGACGAUUCAAUUACUGGUAGUUCUUCCCAUCAAAACUGAAUCAACGAAGAAAAACACAGUUCAUGGCUAAGCGACUUUCCUCUUUUAAGUGAACAUACAUAGACUAAAGAGUAAAAGAGAGAAUAUUAAGAUACGAAGACCAAUCAUACCUCAUUGAAGACUUGACGAAAAAUGGGAGAUUUCCAAAUACAUUAAAACUUCCUAUAUCUUCAUGAAUGAAACGUCAACAGUUAGCAUAUCAAACUAGUGUGCCCAGGUGAGAAAUGCUACGAAAUGCUUAUAAUGUCAUGGGAAAAAGAAAAAGUCCAAAAUCAUAAGCACCGAAUAACUUUUCCACGAUCUGAUAUACUUCGGCACGCUAAAAACUCACUCACACAUGAAGCCAACUAUUCCACGUUCCUCCCCGGUCCCUACGAAGCUACAACGUUAUGUUCACAACAGAAGCCCAAAUUCCAACCUCCAAAUGAUCCAUCACAAUCGUGAAAACCUUUCCAGAUA